AAGGUCGUUACGUGUGCGUGUGCGUGUACUGUACGUGCAAGCAGGUGCCUGAAUGGUGUGGCAGCAAGUUGCACGGCUGACCCUGCUCUUGAGAGAAAGUGAGAGAAAGUUGAACUUUUAACCCUGGUCCUCCUUCGUGGAAACCCUAAAAGGAGUCUCAGGGCGGACGCUGCGUGGCCAUGUCGACCCUCCUGCACUGCAUCUCUUGCUCUUCUCUCACUUUGCUCCAACAAGGUGUCCGUCAGACGUUACCAGCAAGGAGGAAUUUCCGGACUUUCCCUGUGCUAUGGGACCAAAACAUCUCUAAAGGUGUGCUCUACAAGGAAUUAGUGGUUGGCGUACCCAAGGAGACGUUUCAGAAUGAGCGCCGUGUAGCGUUAUCGCCUGCUGGCGUCCAAGCGCUGGUCAAACAAGGCUUCAGAGUACAAGUUGAGAGUGGAGCUGGCGAGGAAUCAAAGUUCUCUGACCAGCAGUACAAAGAAGCAGGCGCCAGCAUCACUGAUGUCAAAGGAGCCCUUGGAUCAGACUUGGUCCUCAAGGUCCGGGCCCCCAGUUUGACAGAGGUCGACCUCCUAAAGACAAUGUCCACUCUGGUGAGCUUCGUCUAUCCGGCUCAGAAUCCAGAGCUGCUGAAGAAGCUGUCGGAGAGGAAAAGCACAGUGUUAGCCAUGGAUCAAGUGCCCAGAGUCACCAUCGCUCAAGGCUACGACGCUCUCAGCUCCAUGGCCAACAUCGCUGGGUACAAAGCUGUGGUUCUGGCUGCCAACCACUUUGGUCGGUUCUUUACUGGUCAGAUCACUGCUGCAGGAAAAGUACCACCAGCUAAGGUCCUUGUCAUUGGAGGAGGUGUGGCUGGUUUAGCAGCAGCAGGAGCAGCCAAAUCCAUGGGAGCAAUAGUGCGAGGAUUUGACACUCGACCAGCAGCUCUGGAACAAUUCAAGUCCUUCGGGGCGGAGCCUUUAGAAGUGCAAAUCGAAGAGUCUGGCGAGGGAGUCGGAGGCUACGCCAAAGAAAUGUCCAAAGAGUUUAUUGAGGCGGAGAUGGCGCUAUUCGCCAAGCAGUGCAAAGACGUCGACAUUCUCAUCAGCACUGCCCUAAUUCCAGGAAAGAGGGCUCCCAUUCUGAUUAAGAAGGAAUUUGUGGAGUCCAUGAAGGACGGUUCUGUGGUAGUGGAUCUGGCUGCAGAGGCUGGGGGAAACAUUGAGACCACACAUCCUGGAGAGCUUUACGUUCACAAGAACGUCACCCAUAUCGGCUACACGGACCUGCCCAGCCGCAUGGCCACCCAAGCCAGCACCCUCUACUCCAACAAUGUACUGAAGCUGCUGAAAGCCAUUAGCCCUGACAAAGAAUACUUCCACUACGAGCCCAAAGAAGAUUUUGACUAUGGAACAAUGGAUCACGUCAUCCGCGGGACGCUCGUGAUGAAGGAUGGCCAGAAUAUGUUCCCGGCUCCCCUCCCCAAGACUGUUCCACCACCCCCGGUGAAACAGAAAUCGGUUGCCCAAUUGAAAGCUGAGAAAGGGGCUGCAAUUUCUCCUUUCCAACGCACCUUGACUUCUGCUGGCAUUUACACUACAGGUCUAUCCACAUGUCUGGCUCUUGGGCUCAUUUCCCCCAACGCAGCCUUUACACAAAUGGUGACAACCUUUGGCCUGGCUGGGAUUGUGGGAUAUCACACUGUGUGGGGCGUGACCCCCGCCUUGCACUCGCCUUUGAUGUCCGUCACCAACGCCAUCUCAGGUCUGACAGCAGUAGGAGGUCUGGUUCUGAUGGGAGGAGGUCUUACACCUUCCAGCUUGCCUGAGAGUCUCGCCUUGGCUGCUGCCUUUAUUUCCUCCAUCAACAUUGCCGGUGGUUUUCUGAUCACCCAGCGGAUGUUGGACAUGUUCAAGCGUCCCACUGACCCCCCUGAGUACAACUACCUGUACUUGCUGCCCGGGGCUGCGUUUGUUGGGGGAUAUGGUGCUUCUCUAGCAGCUGGAUACAACAUUGAACAGAUGAUGUACUUGGGCUCAGGCCUGUGCUGUGUCGGUGCGCUGGCAGGCCUUUCGGCUCAGGGCACUAGUCGCCUGGGUAACUCAUUGGGCAUGAUGGGAGUAGCAGGGGGCAUCGCCGCCACCUUAGGUGCCCUCAAGCCUUCGCCGGAACUGUUGUCACAGAUGUCAUUAGCCAUGGCCACUGGAGGAACUCUGGGUCUAACCAUCGCCAAGCGCAUUGAAAUCGCAGACUUGCCACAGCUGGUGGCAGCGUUUCACAGCCUUGUGGGGCUGGCGGCGGUUCUCACCUGCGUCGCUGAGUACAUGAUUGAGUUCCCCCACCUCGACGCUCACCCGGCUGCUGGUGUGCUUAAGACUGUGGCGUAUUUGGGCACUUACAUCGGGGGCGUCACCUUCAGCGGAUCGCUGGUGGCCUACGGCAAGCUACAAGGGCUCCUGAACUCUGCUCCUUUACUAUUGCCGGGACGUCACAUGUUGAAUGCCGGUCUGAUGGCGGCUUCGAUUGGCGGCAUGGUGCCCUUCAUGCUCAGCUCGAGCUACAACACUGGACUGGGAUGUCUAUUGGGAGUGUCUGGCCUGUCAACUGUCAUGGGUGUAACCCUGACAGCAGCCAUUGGAGGUGCAGACAUGCCAGUGGUCAUCACUGUUUUAAACAGCUACUCUGGCUGGGCACUAUGCGCUGAAGGUUUCCUGUUGGAAAACAACCUAAUGACCAUCGUUGGGGCUUUGAUCGGUUCCUCUGGUGCUAUCCUCUCCUACAUCAUGUGUGUGGCAAUGAACCGCUCACUGCCCAAUGUGAUCCUGGGUGGUUUUGGCACCACCUCCACAGCAGGUGGCAAACCCAUGGAGAUUGUUGGCACUCACACAGAGGUCAAUGUAGACCAGACCAUUGACAUAAUCAAGGAAGCCAAUAACAUCAUCAUCACGCCAGGUUGGGGGUUGUGUGCAGCAAAAGCUCAGUACCCGAUUGCAGACAUGGUGAAGAUGUUAAGGGAACAAGGCAAGACUGUCAGGUUUGGUAUCCAUCCAGUGGCGGGCCGUAUGCCAGGCCAGCUGAACGUCCUCUUGGCUGAGGCAGGUGUUCCGUAUGAUGUGGUUUUAGAGAUGGAUGAGAUCAAUGAAGACUUUCGAGAGACGGACCUGACAAUGGUCAUCGGUGCCAACGACACUGUUAACUCUGCUGCUCAAGAGGAUCCAAACUCGAUCAUUGCUGGUAUGCCCGUCCUGGAGGUGUGGAAGUCCAAACAGGUGGUUGUGAUGAAGCGGACCUUGGGUGUGGGGUACGCUGCAGUAGAUAACCCCAUUUUCUACAAGCCUAACACUUCAAUGUUGCUGGGUGAUGCUAAGAAGACAUGUGACAGCCUCCAAGCAAAGAUUAGAGAGGUCUACUACUAGGUGCCCUCACCAGCUGACUACAUGUUGCUCCUUAGUUUAAAUGGUUGUUUCCAACCCCAGUUUUGGCACCUAAGUAUCAGUCUAUGAAUUGCAAUGGAUAAUGUUAAGCUCUACAAAAGUAGAUUCCAGUUAAAGGGGCUGUUUCCAAUAUUUACAGAUACCUAGAGGGCGCUAACUUUCCAAUGUUUUAAGCAUUAUACUUGCCCUCUUACAGCUUUUAGCAUGUAAUGACAUGUGCGUAACACGUCCACGCAGAUUAGCUUUGUGUGUUGUUGUCUAAGGAUAGCAAUUUGGAUAGCCAAUUUUAGCUAUCAUUAAAUGUAUAGUCUACUGUAACAACAUGAGUACAAAUUGUUAGUUGCUUCUCUGGUACUAAUUUUGUGUAUAUGCUGCCUGCAUGUACAUGUGCAACCAAAUUCAGACAGAUGAGAAAUUUCCUUCAGUAUAAUUAGUAAUUGUAAAAUGUAUGGACACUUUUUUUUUUUAAAUCGAUAUUUACUGUUAAAGGGGAACUGCAUUUUUUUUUUUGGCCAAUUGUUCACAAUCAUUAUGAGAGACAAGAAUACAGACGUAUUUUUUUAUUUUAACUCGUAAAUAAUAGUCUACUUACAACGGAAUCAAUGGGAGGUCCUCUAGUUCGCCCAUAAAGCCCUCUAAAUAACUACCCAGCAAUACUCCAUUUACAUUUUUGUGACCUGAAUAUUAACCAAGUAUUAGUGAUUUUGUUAUUAUAAGCGCUAAUGCAGACAAACUCUUUAUAGCUGCGACGUGAUCACAGAGAGGUAACUAGCUUGUGCUGCUGUAUUGACAUCGGAUAGUGAGCUGCUUUUGUCACCUCAGAACUCGUGAAAGUUUAUUUUAAACCAGAGAUAAUAUAAUGUCUCUCACAGAGAUCGAAGGAAGAGGACAUAAUCUGAAAAGUUGGUCAACUUUGGCAUCCAAUUUAGACUCGGAAAUGGUGAGAAAAACAAGAAAAGAUGCUUGGUUCCACCCCUGAGUCAUUCUUCAUCUUAACGGGAAUAUAUGAACAUCCUAGCAAGCGGCAUCCCAGUGAGAGCAGACCUUGUACAGUAAGUGAUGUUUUAUUAUGUUUGUUGCCUCUCAUGAAGUCUGCAGUGAGUAAAAAUCAAGAGAUGUCGAAGAAAAAAAACUGACGUAUUUUUAAAGUAAUUGCGCCGCCGUAUGCUUAAAUUAAGCAAAAUACGUAAAAUAUUACGUAAUUGUGAAUGUGCCUGUUACUACAUUCCACAUAUACUUACAUCAUGUAUAUAAAACCUUAAUGGAGGUGUUAGGAUGUAUUCUAAGGGCUUUAUAGGCAGAAUAGAGCGACUUCCAUGGGCACCAUUGUAAGCAGACUUUUGUUUGCAUUUAUUAACGACUUAAAAUGCAUUGGAAAAAAAGAAAAACUUGUGUGCUUGUCUGACAUAAGGAUUGUGAAUGAUAGGCAAAAUUCCCCAAAAAGUGAAGUUCCCCUUUAAACCAUCAUGACAACAUAAGCUAGCUGGUAGUGUUAUGUUUUUAGGUUUGAAAAAUGGAACUUUGAGCAAGUUGCAAACAGCCUCUUUAACAAAAGAAAGAAUGGAUGUAGAGCAUUAUGUCAUGUGUACUGGUUUGUAAAUAAAAUAUAUUUA